UUUGAGCAAAAACUUUGUUAAAUUAAAGUGAAAAAAAUGCAAUGGAAAUAAUAAUGUGGAAAUUUUGCUAAAAUAUAAUUGUGGUAUAAGUAAUUUAACAGUAUCAAAGUAAAGCUGAAAAAUCUGAAGAAAGGUGUAUUAGUGCAAUUACGCUGCGUUUAAAUUUAAAAUAUAUGUUGGUGUGUAUAUGCCAUUGAAAUAUGUAUGUAGAUAUUUUUUGCAUAGUACAUACAAAAAGGCACGCGAGGCGUAUGAGUAACCUAAACUAUUUAACCAACUGAAUCACGCGACGUACUAUCUACCUACCAACACAGUGAAGAGCAUACAUAGAUGGAAUUGCAGAAGAAAAAAGUAGUUGAAAAUUAAAUGAAAUUUAGUGAAAUUUGCUUUAAGUUGCAUACAAUCAACAGCAACAACAAAAACAACUGCAGAAAAUCUAAAAAAAUACGCCUAUUUUAAACUAGCAAAUACUCACAAAACAAUUUAAAUUGAACACACGCACACUCGCAUCAGGCGCAUACAUACAAACAUACCUACCUACAUAGAUCCCCACACAGCUGCAUAUAAAUAGCAUCAAUUUGAGAGUCACGUAGUUAUAUGCCAAUUGAGUGCCUUAUAUCCUUUGAUAAUAAUCCUCAAGGUGUUUACUAUGCUGGACAGGAGCUAUCCGGCGUUGUUGACCUCAGUGUCGAUGCAACAAAACGCAUUAAAGCAAUCCACAUCACAGUUAAUGGUUAUGCGAAGAUACGCUGGAUAAAAAAGGGCUACCCGCGCGAUAGUGAACGUGCUAUGUGUCGUGCCUACCGUUCGUACUUGUCAUCGCGUUCGUAUGUGCUCGGUUCGUGUGCGAACAGUUCGUGUAUGGACUGGUCGGCCGGCGAUUAUUCGUAUACGUUUCACGUAAUACUGCCAGAGAAUCUGCCCACUUCGUUCGAUGGAAAAUAUGGGCAGAUUCAUUAUGAGAUUAUCACCACAAUCGAUCGGCCAGCCCGAUAUCCGAAAGUCUUCAAGUUGCCAUUUACGGUAAUACAACCGUUGGAUUUGAAUGUGGACACAAUUUAUAGGGUCCCUCUCGAAAUCCUCGAUCGCAAGCGCUUCUGGAGCUUUUGCUGCCCCACAGGCCCCUUAACUGUGAAAUUCUCCACACCCUAUUGCGGUUAUGCACCCGGCCAAAAAAUUCAUUUCGUCCUCUACAUCAACAACGAAUCGUCCAUUGACAUCACCGACUGUGAAGUGAAACUGAAACAGCAGGUGUCUUAUGAAUCCCAUGAUCCACAACAUGAAUACCGUUAUGACAAACAUCUCAUCGCACGCAAACAAUUCGGUAAUGUAUUGCGUUGGAGCCGUAAAGUAUAUCGCGGUUAUCUUAGUUUACCCUCCAUACCGCCGUCAUCAGUGAAAAUCGCUUGUCCUAUCUCAAUUAUGUAUCUGAUAAAAGUCAUAAUUAAACCAACUGACUUUCAUUGGAAAAUGAAAUUGAAAAUACCAUUAACCAUUGGUAGUAUACCGAUUAUAGAUAGUAUGGCUGCAGCGGCAGGACUGCCAAGCCUAUUACAAACACAAUAUGCCACAAGUCGUGGCUACUAUAGUGGGCGAAGGCUGCAGAAUAUAGCAACUAUGCGACAAAAUGCAGGCGAAGGGGAACAUGGUGUGGCCGAUGUUGAAGGGGGAGCAGAGAAUGGCGGAAAUUUGGAAGUGGCGGGCGAGAGUGAAGGUGGAAUAACAACGGUGCCAGCACUGCUUAUAACCGAUGGUGAUAAUCCGCCCGACUACAAACUUAUGAUGCCACCUUCCUACGAGGAUGCCAUGGCGUUAAGUGAUAAAUUCUGUGAUGACAGCGAAUACUUGCAAAAUGUCAGCCUGAGUAGCAUUGUCUCAAAUGGCACGACAGACUCCUUCAAGCCGCGCUAUCCCGUCUACUAUGAAUAUGAGACGCCAAUCAUACCACCCGAAACACUCUACGAUGAAUCACCCUCGCAGCUACGUAUCGAACUACAGCCAUCAGAUUCGUCGGAUGCAUCAAAUCAACCACUCAACGCCGCUAGUUUUCCACUCUAUCGAAAUGAGAAGAAAUAAAAGGAUACUAGAUGUAACUCUACUGUCGAAAAAAUAACUGAUUAAAUUUUCAUACAAAGUUAUAAAAUCUGCCCUAAUAGUGCUUAUAUGUAAUUCUUAAGAAAUAAGUAAGUACAAUUUACUUUGGGGCAAAAGAAAAGAGGAUUACUAAUCUUAAACUGUUUUAAAUAGUUAGUAACAGAGAUAUUAUUAAUUUCACUCAUACUUUAGUAACAUAUGUAUGUAUGUAUUAGGGUGAGGCUCAAACUGCAAACAAAUAAAUGUUGUGUGGAACACCACUUUAUUUAGUU